UAAAUGGCCUAUUUAAAAAACGAAAAUCUACAUGUAAAUACUACAAAAUUAAAAACACCGUAGAACCUCUACUGGUGUUAUCCCGCGAAGAAAAAAAUUAUGCCUAUAACAUAAACUUCCAACUAAAGAAACAGAUUCCUUCCAAAUAUUGCUAAUUUAAAAAUAUCUGGAGAAAAUAUUUCGAAUUCACUCUAAGAAUAGACUGCCAACUGGUUCCUAGUUGACUUUCACCUUUUAUCACUAUCAAAAUACACGCGAACGGACGGAUCGAGAUAAGUGGUCAACAGUGAAGGAAACCUCUCAGGUCUCAGUCAGUCAAUCAGUGUCUAUAAAAGAAGGAAAAUCUGUCAAUUCGUUUGAAAAUUAUUUUCAAAAAUCGUCCAAGCUGUCAGUCAACAAAGGUCAAAAGGGUCAAGACAUGAAACCGACGAUUGUGGCGGAUGAAAUGUUUCCGGAGGGUGCCGGCCCUUACAUGGACAUGGAGGAGAGUGGAGGGCCUAGUGCACUUCUUUUGGAUCUGGCUGCAAAUGAAAAGUCAGUGCAUGCUGAUUUUUUUAAUGAUUUUGAAGACCUCUACGACGACGAAGAUUUAAUGGAAUAGAUGUCUGUAUUAGUAUUAAACACCAAAAAGUUAACUUAUUUACCAGAAUGAAUGUCUUUACAAGCUUGAAUAAAGGAAUUUUUACAAAUUAAACAA